CCGAGCGUCUGAAUGUGGACGUGCGCCGCGGGCUGUCAUGGCGCGAGGCGAACGACCGCAUGAACUUCGUCGGCCCCAACGAGUUCCAGGUGAAGGAGCAGGACCCGCUCUGGAAGAAGUACAUCGAGCAGUUCCAGAACCCGCUCAUACUGCUGCUGCUUGGAUCAGCAGUGGUGAGCGUGUGCAUGCGACAAUUCGACGACGCGAUAUCGAUCACGGUCGCAAUCAUCAUCGUGGUUACGGUGGCCUUCGUCCAGGAGUACCGAUCGGAGAAGUCGCUUGAGGAGCUGAAUAAAUUGGUGCCGCCAUCUUGCAACUGUCUCCGCGAAGGCAGCCUCGAACAUUUCCUCGCCCGCAACCUCGUCCCAGGCGACAUAGUCCAUCUCAAUGUCGGCGACAGAGUACCGGCGGACUUGCGACUAUUCGACUCGACGGACCUUGCCAUCGACGAGUCUUCGUUCACUGGGGAGACCGAACCGGCUGGGAAGAAUGUGCUACCUAACAAGGCAUCCGCUGGAAGGGUUAACAAGGAUAACAUCGCCUUUAUGGGGACUUUAGUGCGAUGCGGCAACGCUAAGGGAAUCGUAGUCAGCACCGGCGAGCGAUCCGAGUUCGGCGACAUUUUCCGCAUGAUGCAAGCGGAGGAGGCCCCCAAGACUCCCCUGCAGAAGUCCAUGGACACCCUGGGCGCUCAACUGUCCAUGUAUUCCUUCUGCAUCAUCGGCUUCAUCAUGGUCACCGGCUGGCUGCAGGGAAAGGCUCUGCAGGACAUGUUUACCAUUGGCGUCAGUUUGGCUGUGGCUGCUAUUCCUGAAGGUCUCCCGAUCGUGGUGACGGUGACAUUGGCUCUCGGCGUGAUGCGGAUGGCGAAACGAAACGCCAUUGUGAAAAAACUGCCAACUGUGGAAACUUUGGGCUGCGUCAACGUCAUUUGCAGCGACAAGACUGGAACUCUAACUAAGAACGAGAUGACUGUGACGACGAUAUCUACCUCCGGCGGCCAUAUUGCCGAAGUGACGGGCGCGGGCUACAACGCACGCGGUGACGUGCAAUUGCGCGCUUAUAAAGGGCGAGACCUGGAUGUCGCGCGUAUGGGAGUUCAUACUAUGCUCGAGGUCGGCGUUCUCUGUAACAACGCGAUCAUUCGCGACGAGACGUUAUACGGGCAGCCUACAGAGGGAGCUAUACUGGCGUGUGCUCUGAAGAACGGUAUGGAAGACAUCAGGGAACAAUACACCAGGCUGCAUGAGAUCCCGUUUAGCUCCGAAACAAAAAUGAUGGUUGUGAAAUGCGCCCCCAAAUUCGGCGACGGCAAAGCUAAAGAGGAGGUAUUCGUCAAGGGUGCCAUAGAGAAAGUCCUCCCCAUGUGCACCAGAUACAUCGACAGUUCAGGAAAUUACGCGCCUAUCACCAAAGACAAACAGAACGAUUUCAUGAGCGAGGCGUAUAAUAUCGGACGGAUGGGUCUCCGCAUCAUAGCUCUCUGCCGCGGCGACAGUCUCGAAGCGCUAACAUACACAGGAGUGUGCGGCGUGUGCGACCCGCCGCGACCGAAUGUACGGGACGCGGUCGCUACAUUACGCCGAGCCUGUGUGGAUGUCAAGAUGGUCACUGGGGACGCCAGGCCCACUGCUUUGGCUGUCGCUCAAAUGGUUGGCUUGGACGUGUUGCACUCUCAGUCCCUUUCUGGCGAACAGUUGGACUCCAUGCCUGAUGAUGAACUGGACAGAAUUAUUGACACAGUGAGCGUAUUCUACAGGGUGACACCGAAACACAAGCUAUCAAUUGUGAAGUCUCUGCAGAGGCUCGGAAACAUUGUAGGAAUGACUGGUGACGGAGUGAAUGACGGCGUGGCGUUGAAACGGGCUGAUAUCGGUAUUGCCAUGGGCAAGAAUGGCACUGACGUGUGCAAGGAGGCAGCUGACAUGAUCCUGCUUGAUGAUGACUUUGCUACUAUCAUUGCCGCAAUCGAAGAGGGCAAGUGCAUAUUCUACAACAUCCGCAACUUCGUCCGCUUCCAGCUUUCGACGUCGAUCGCCGCGUUGUCGCUCAUCGCUCUCGCUACUCUCAUGGGCAUACCGAACCCGUUGAAUGCUAUGCAGAUACUGUGGAUCAAUAUUAUUAUGGACGGCCCUCCCGCUCAGUCCUUGGGAGUCGAACCGGUAGACCACGAGGUGGUGCGACGCCGGCCGCGAGAUACUUCGCGGCGGAUCAUCUCGCGCGGGCUGCUGGCUAACGUAUUGCUGUCUGCUGCUAUCAUUAUAGCUGGCACCCUGUGGGUCUUCAAUAGAGAGAUGUCGGACAACAAGAUAACCCCGCGCGACACCACGAUGACGUUCACCUGCUUCGUGCUGUUCGACAUGUUCAACGCGCUGUCGUGCCGCUCGCAGACCAAAUCCGUGUUCCAGGUCGGAUUGUUCUCUAACAAAAUGUUCCUGGUAGCCGUGACACUGAGCUUGGUGGGCCAGAUGUUGGUGGUAUUCUUCCCGCCGCUGCAGCGCGUAUUCCAGACCGAAGCGCUUACUGGACAUGAUCUCAUAUUCCUAGUCUGCCUCACGUCCAGCGUAUUCAUCGUGAGCGAAGUGAAAAAGCUGAUCGAGCGGACCCUCAAGAAGAAGUCCUACGGAAAGUUCUCGACGAAGGCCCACGACGCCAUGGACUUCGUAUGACACGAGACCGACAAGAAGGCGCAGUAAGCGGCGCCCACCGCCCCGCCCACUGUGACACGCCUACCUGUUCCAAAUAUCACGUGACCGACUCCCCCACACACAUCCAAUUCACCGAUGAGCUAAUCAAAUAUCAAGUGACAAAAUCACAGUCCAAAUAUCGAGUGACCGAGUCGCAGUCGCAGGUAUCGAGUGACGGGUGCGUCUUCAGUGACAGCUGUCAGUGCGGUGACGGCCGGGACAAAGGACCGUUCUCGAUUUACGACGGCAAAAUCGAUAUUCCUGUUCGUAUUUAAAUUAUAUUUCUAAUUGAUGAAUGCAGUAUUUUUUUUUAAAACGUGUUUUAGUAGCUAUUAUUUAUUUUUCUUAUCUUUUUUUUACGAUGUAAUUUUAAGUGGUAAUAGUGAAUGUUUGGUGUUUUAUUUUUAAGAUAGCUAAUUGACGUUGGACGUGUGGAAUUUGGGCCCAGAAAGAGUGAAUGUGCAUUUUUUAUGUGAUGUAGUUUUGCGAUGUGGCAUUUUGAUGUCGUUGCAUGAAUAAAGAAAUUGACUUUGACAAAGUGUUAGAUUUAAUUAAAUGGUUGUAGAUAUGUGUGAAUACCUUUACCCUGCAGUAUACUGUAUUCGUAAAAUGUUUCUUAUUGCAACAGAACAAGGUUGGCUUUACGUUGCAGGGUACAUGUACUGCAUGAUGUAAUGAAAUAUAAAACUAUGAUGGACUUAGUCACUGAAGAGUGAUACUUAUUUACUUGACAUGCCGAUAUUUAGUGCGAAUCAGUUACUUGAUAUUAAAUUCACUGAUUUUUCCCUUACGACAUGGAUUUUUGCAAACCGUAUCUUGUAAUCUACGAUCAGUAUUUAGAGAAUUGAAAAGGCAGAUAAUUACUAAAAAAAGCUUAAUUUAAAGUGGCCAUAAAGAGUUUAUUUUCGGUAUAAUAAUCUGUGGUUUAAUUGUCAAAUAUCUGUUUCGAAUUUAACUCUUGGCUGUCAAGUAAUAUUCUUAUUAGGUAAAAAAACGCAUGUAUGCAUAAAAUAGUGAAUUAAAUCUACAGCUCGGUUAAAAAAGCUGGAACAUACACGUAUUGCGUUUGUGUGGAGUAUUAAUAAGCUCACGCGCACGUCACGUGACGUCAUAUUGCAAACGUAUUAUAAAAUAUCUAUCUAUCUCUCACAAGCUGUCAAACUUAUGAGCGAGAUAGUUAUUGUUUUCACUAUUAUUUAUUGCUGAAUAUAGUGUAAUGUUUUCUUAUACAUGCUGUAUAAUAAAACUGAUUUAUUUUAGUAUUGUGAACGUGCCAGUUUUAUUCAACUGACCACUUACCAGUGAUGUGAGAUUGCUAAACCCUUACAUGACUAUUCUAUGUUUGACAUUGUAAAUUAUAAUAAUUAUAUCGGAUCUGAUCUAAAUAUAGUGUGAAAUUAGCUUGGCAUUUAGUUCUCUCUCUCACUCCCACUGUCAGAUACUAGCUUGCAUGCGAGCGAGACAAAAAUAGUAAAAAAGAGUAGCCUUUACUAAAAAAAACAUUUCAAUUACAUUCCUUUGUAUUUUCUAAUUGUGUAAAAAGAAUUUUAGCAAUGAAUAUUAACGAUUUCACUAUUAUAGCGAUGUUUUUAACCAACUAAAGAUUUUUAUUUUAUAAAAUUUAACGAAUUAUUCAUAUUAAAAAUUCUCGGUUAGAGAAGGUAGGAAAAUAUUAGAGAAAAUAGAAAGGAAAGUACAAUUUUAUCUGGUAUAUUUUUAUAUUUAUUUUAUCGACAUAUUACAAUAUUAUUAUUUAAUCGAAUGUAUUAUUUAUCCAAUAAAAUAUUCAUUUUACUUAUAUUUGAACUUGUUUUCAUAAAUUAUUGAUAACAAAGUAACAAAUAUUCCUAAAUUCGAGAAACAAAAUGGGCUUUGUACAUAAUCGCGUCAAAAAUGAAUUAGAAUUUAUCUUGAUAGUUAAUAGCAAAAAAAUGUAGAAGAAAAUAUAACUGAAGUAAGUUCUGUGGGCAAUUUUGUUGAGUUGAGCCAAGAUCUAAAACUGAGUGGGGACUUCUCUUUUUCUCUUUUGUGAAAGAAGCGAGACAGCAUGUUGAAUUGAAAAGUGACAAACUAUUAGUCUGGCCUAUUUGGGUUGUUUUUAGUGGAGUUUAAAGGCCAGAUUGGUCUGUGAAUGGUGUCAUAUUUUCAGAUUGACUGCAUGUUGUCCGUUUCUACUCACGUAAGAGAGAAAGAGACAGACUGAUCGAUAAUUUUGUUAAGAGUGGUACAAGACAAUCGCCACUGUAAAUAAGAAAAGUGGUGAAGAGUCGAGCGGUUUUACGGUCUACUAUAAAUAAAUAGGUAAUAUCAUAAACUAUGCUUUCGUAGCUUCUGCGCGCACUUAUUAACUGUGCUUAAUAAUAAUAAUUAUGGCUCUAUUAUUUAUUAUUAAAAUCUAUGAUGAGCUAUUAUUUGUAUACCAACAUUUUUAAUCAAUCCCAGUAAAAAUUAUGAGGACCAUUUUUAUCUUGUAAAACUUGUGAUUUUUCCCCUGUGUAAGGUUAGGUAAAUUAUAUUCACCCAUCCUGUUCUUAAUUUUGUAGUACUGUAUUGAUGUUAAUGUAUAUUAGCAUUCGUGUUGCUAGUUGGAUGGAAUGAAUUGGAUGGAUUGUAAAGGUCUCAUCUAGAAAAGGCUUAGCCAAAUACUUAGCGCGCUAAUCUGUCGUCGCGCUAUAGCGCCAAUCUAUGUUUGUAGAAUGUAGAACCUGACGUCAAACCAUCCCUAAUGCCGCGAUAAAGCAAUGCGUACUAGCGUUGGCGCCGUUUGAUAUGAAACUAUCUACAUUCUACCAACACAAUUCGGCACUAUAGCGCACAAGUACGCGUUCUUUGGCGAUGCCUUAAAAUUGACAUACAUAUUUUGGCCUUAAUCAAGUUUCUAUCGCAAUAUUUAGAAAAAAAAUUGUUCUAUUUUAAAAUGUCUAAAUUUCAAAGGAAUAAAACUGAUUCAGAUCGACAUUCUGACUAAAUUAUUGUCUUUGUUUUCUAAUCAUCUUUUUCUUUUGGAUUAAAACGGUCAAAAUAUGGCGGUAAUGUCGUGGCCUAAGUCGUGGAUAAGUCUUAAGAUUGGUGCUUGAUACUGUGGAAGAUUUCGGCGGUAAGGUAAUAAGGUAUUUAGUUCACAUAAAUACUGGGUCCGUAUUACAACACCAUGCUUGAAACUCGACUCCGAAUCAGUCAGAUUUUGCCCUGUGAUUGGCCGAAACAUUGAAAUUCAAUGCUUGAGAUAGAAUCCACUUUGAGCUUUGUUCUGUAAUACGGGUCUUACUUAGAAAAUCUGUUGUUUUUGGUAUAAAUAACCUUCGAUUUUAAAUAUCAUUUUACUUGUUAUUCAUUUCAAAACAUUCGACAUUAAUUUUAACUGUGUUUUUCCUGUAACAUUAUUUAUACAUUCUCAUUCUUAUGUCUCCUGCAGUUAUCUAUUAGCUAGUUUGAUAUUAUUUAAUAAUUUUCCUCUAAUAAAAACAUCCUGUAUUUAAAAUGUGACAAGUAAAUAAUAAAAAAACACUUUUACUGUAUGGUGAAUUCAAGGUUUUCCUUUUACUUAGCUAGAUAAAGUAAUUCUCCUUUCAAUGUCUGUUUAAGAAACGAGCUCGUUAUGACGACAUAAAAUGGCGUCCUUUGGUGUUGCCAUAGAUAUUAUUUCGAAUUUAUUUAGCGUUAGUGUUGUAUUUGUAUUAAGGUUGUUUAGAGUCUGUUCUUGUAAUAUCUAAUGUUUUGAAUCUUAGAAAGGUGGUUUAAAUUUUAAUAUUGGAAAUUCAUAAAGUAGUAAGUGCAAAUCAUGAGUCGAAAGAAAACAAAAAAAUAUAGUCUAAUUGGUCAUUGUUUUUCGACUU